UUCUCCUCAGCAGCAGAGACAACGACAGGGCUCACUUCAAACACAAGCCCUGACACAACAGCUAGCAUGGCUGACACAACGGAAAUAACCACAUCAGAGAGGACAAGUGAGAAACUUGAGACAAGUUUGGCAACAACAAUGCAAACCACUUACACUGCCUCUGUUUCUGGAUCUACAGAGGUUUUGACCUCAGGAAGAACAGCCUGGACUACAGAAGUAUCAACUUUUACAACUGGAAUGCUAACAGGAACAUCUACUCCAAUAGAGUCAACAACAUCUGAGACAAGUUUCUCUGCAGCCACUCAAACCACUCACACUACCCCCAUCUCUGGAUCUACAGAGAAGCUGACCUCAGAAACAAUGGCUUGGACCACUGACGGAUCAACUAUUACAAAUGCCCGGCAAACUGAUACUUCUACUUUGGGAGCGGAGAUGAUCAACACCAUUUCGAGCACAAGCCCAUACACAAUGGACAGUACAACUGAUGGGAGAUUGAGCACAUCUGCCCAGCAAACAAGUGCAAUACCAGUGACAAGUUCUUCACAGGGUUCAACCAUUACUGAAACAGUUUCUUUCACUGCAAUGACAGAAUCCCAGACAACAAGUGCAAACAUUGGAUCUUCUUUCACCGAAGCAUCAACAAAUGGUGGGCCAACUGUGACAUCCACCUCAGCGGGAAAGACAAUGUCUGUUGUCAUUUUGAGUACAAGCCCUGACACAACAGCUAGCACAACUUAUGGACCAGUGAGCACAAUUUAUCAGCAAACAAGUACAACAUCAGAGACAAGUUAUUCACAGGGGUCAACCAUUAUUGAAAAUCUGUCUUCCACUGCAACAACUGAAGUCCCAACAACAACAACUGAAGCUAGUACUAUUCCAUCUUUAACCACUUAUUUGUCAUCUUUGGGCACAACAGAUGUCACUUCAGAAUCAGAGCCAACAGAUUUACCAAUCACAGGCCUUCCAGUUGUUUCUUCAUCAUUAGCCACAUCUCCAUUUACGGAAUCAACAUUUUUCAGCACAGAAAUUACACCAGCGGGAGAGACAACCACUGCCGCCAUUUUGAGUACAAGCCCUGACACAACGACCAAUAUAAGUGAUGGACCAAUGAGCACUUCUGCCCAGCAAACAAGUGCAACAUCAGAGACAAUUUCUUCACAUGGGACAACCAUUACUGAAAAUCUUUCUUCCACUCCAACAACUGAAGCCCCCAAAACAACUGAAGCUAGUACUAUUGUAUCUUUGGGCACAAUAGACGUUACAGAAUCAGAGCCAACAGGUUUACCUGUCACAAGCCUUCCGGUUGUUUCUUCAUCAUUAGCCACAUCCUCAUUUACGGAAUUGUCAUUUUUCAGUACAGCAAUUUCACCUGUAUCAACUGAUGCAUCAAUACAUACGGCUAUGCAAUCGACUGAAAAACCAACCUCUGGAGAAAUUGUGACAAGUCCUAUUUUACAUACAAGCCCCAAGUAUUUUGCAACUUCAACUGACAAAUUACCUAGCCCUACUGCUCAGGAGAUAACUGAAAGCCCAGUCACAGUCACUCUUGACACUGGUCCUACCUCUAAAUCAUCAAUAGUAACAACUGAUACAUCCACUUCAGGAAAGCCUAUCACAACUUCGAUUUUACAAACAAGCACUCACUCAUCAGCAAACACAGCAGAUUCAUUUAUAAGCACCACUUCUGAAAAAACAACUGCAACAAAAGUUACAAUUACUCUUGAGCUUACACCUACAUCUGAACCAUUUUCAUCAACAACAGAAAAACAAACUUCAAUCAUAACACAAGUUUCUUCUACUUCUGGAUUACAGAGCAGCACAUCUGGUCUUUUCCAAAGCACUUCUGGAUUUCCUGCAACAUCCAAUGUACCAAUUCCAACAAGUACCCCAAGUGUUUGUGAAAAUGGUGGAGUUUUUGUACCUGGAUCUGGCUGUAACUGUACAAAAAACUGGGAAGGUCAGAGAUGUGAAAUACCUAAAACAACUAUAUCUGUGGAUUUUAUUGAUGUGACAACAGAUGUUGUUGUCAGAACUGACACAGUCUUCAUAGAGGAAUUCAGAAACACAAGUUCUCCAAAGUAUAAAGAAUUUGUUAAAAAUUUCACAAUGGACAUGGAGAGUGUGUACAGAGCCACAGUGAAACAUUUUAAAAACAUCACCGUUUUGCGGCUGAGACCAGGCAGUGUUGUAGUGGAGCAUAAAAUUUUUGUGGCCAUAAGGAAUGACAAAAAUCUCACAAUGAUGGUUACUGAGAGCCACAACGAAAUAAAAGAAGCUCUUGAUAAACUCAAGAACUGUACAACAGGAGCUGAUGGCUGUCCUCAGCUUCCAAUCAUAGGUGACCCAGAGUAUUCCCAACCAGAAAUUGAUCUAAGCUCGGUAUGUACUGGAGAAGUCAAUGAUUUCAGUAUUUACUACACACCAAUUGUGCAAGGAGGAGAGAUUUUGUGCAUGUCAGCUUGUGAUGCCAACCAUCCAAGGCCAAAGAGCUGUAACACAGGAAGAUGCCAAAUAGAACAAAGUGGUCCAGUUUGCAUUUGUGAUGAUGCAUACUGGUAUAGUAAGUCAGACUGCAGUGGACGAAUCAGGAAAAGGGAUGUUUAUGCUGGUGUGGGAACUGCGGUAGUAUGCGUAGUGUGCUUAAUUGUGUUACUUGGACUAUAUGUGAUCUGGCAAAGUCGAAAGGCACGAAGGAUGAAAGAUAGUAAAUCUGAGCAAUUAAAUCAGUGGUUGGAUGAAGAAUUUGAAUGGCCCUCACGAGAGGGUUGGUAUGCUUCCUCUAUCCAUUUAACAGGGGAUGGUAACAGCUCUGAAGGCGGUGGCCUGUUUGGUUUGGAUUUAAAUGGUGGCACGGCUGCUAGCACUUCAAAUUCAGACCUGAUGUCGCCUUACUAUGGUCCCCAGACAAGACAAGUCCAAACAAGGCCAGAUACAAUAUAUUAUGACUACAGAUCACAUGAUGAGAUGAAUGGAAGUAUGACAAGGGGGGGGCAAACUUUGCUUGACCAACAACUACUCAACAUCCCCUACACAGACAGACACUUUAAGGCUAGACAGCCCCAGCUUGGAGAUUAUACAGAGAUCUAGUUACACACCACACUAAUGUUUGUACUGAACACAAUACAAACAGACAUAUGAUAGAACCAUGAAGAACAAGCCUUCUCUACUGAUGAACAAAUAACUAUCAUACCCUCAAAUUUAUCAGAGCUAAUAAUAAU